GAAGCUCCACCUUGCACUCUUGCAGGAUCGAGCUUGAUCGCCUUGGCGUCCUGCCAUUUCGAAGGUAGCCUUUCCCACAUUGUGCCUCCAGGAUCGCUUGGCAGAUCAACACGAACCUUGGCCAGUGCCACUGGUUGAUCUUGAAGUUUGGCCAGAAUAAGCCUUCUGCAAGACAGCGUUGUACGUCGUCACCAGAACCUACAGUUGCCUUGCUAGAUCUCCCACCAUUCCUGGAUUCUCUGCUCCGAUGCCAGCUCGAUAUGCAUUGUAAAAGCUGCGAACUAACAUUCGGGGCAUCUGGGAGCCCACGGUCCGGUUGAGAUCAAGGUAAUCUGAUCAACAGAUCAAGUUAGUGAGUCUGUUUCUGGAGGCUGCGGAAGGAGGCGCUUCCUCCCUAGAUGCCAGGCGGCACCCUCGCUGCGCAACCGGUCCGCAGUGUGAACGCCCUCUUUGCGGAGCCCGGUUCCGAGGCCGCACGGCGCAGCAGUGGCGUGUGUAGCCCCAGUUACCCGACCCGGCAUGUCCAUCAGAUCUGGGGCCGGCGAGACGCGGCCGGCUUGAGCCUCGACCCAGGGUCUUCUCAAAGUACUCACAGCAGGCGGCAGAAUAGGAGUAAACAGUGCCGGGUGGUGUGCGAAGGGCGUGAGCCGCCAAGAUUGCGACAAUUUGCAAUGGCUACCGGUCACGAGCGUGUGAUAAUGCGCACUGGCAGUGGGAUGGUGGCGGGGGGCAGCUUCUACCGGCGGCCGUCGCUGGAGAGGGGCCUCCUUCCCGAUGAAGACCUCUCGCGUAUGGAAGCACUGUACAUUGCGGAUGCAGAUACCGAACCGGCACGCAAAGCGGCCAUCCCGUGGCGGCCCGUCCUUGUCAACGUCCUCACUGCCUGCCUCGCUUCUUUCUUGUUUGGGUUCCAUGUGGGAGUUGUCAACGGCCCCCUAGAGUACAUUGCGCGCGAUCUUGGUUUUGCUGGUAGCAACGUCCUCAAAGGGGCCGUUGUGAGCGCCACUCUCGCAGGCGCGUUCCUGGGCAGUAUAGGCGGGGGCUCUAUGGCGGAUGCGUUUGGCCGCCGGCGCACCUUCCAGCUCAACGCGGUGCCGCUUCUCGUGGGCGCCGCAACUAGUGCUGCCGCUCAGUCCGUCGGGCCCAUGAUUGCGGGACGCUUUAUGGUGGGGCUAGGCCUCGGGAUUGCUACUGCUGUACUGCCCCUCUAUAUCUCCGAGAUCUCUCCCUCCGCUUACCGCGGCACCAUGGGCUCCCUCAACCAGCUCACCGGCUGCGCCGGCAUCCUCGUUGCACUCCUCCUCUCCCUGCCGCUCCGCUCGAACCCCUCCUGGUGGCGCACCAUGUUCUGGUCCGCCUGCGUUCCGGCCGCCGCGCUCGCAGCCGGAAUGGCACGUGCAGCGGAGUCUCCGCGGUGGCUGUACCAACGCGGAAGAAUAGCGGAAGCGGAGCGCACUUUGGGCGUUCUUUGGGGUCCGGCGGCGGUGAGCGACGCGAUGGCGGGGCUGAAAGCGACCGCUCAGGAGGCGGCGGGAGGGAAGGAGGCCACGUGGCGAGACCUGGCGUCGCCACGAUAUGCGAAAGUGGUGGCCAUUGGCUGUGCCAUGUUCGCCCUCCAACAGUUGUCCGGUAUCAACGCCAUCUUCUACUUUUCGUCAACCGUGUUCCGCAACGCCGGCGUGCAGUCGCAGUUUCUGGCUAACGUCGGCCUCGGGGUGGUCAACCUGGCAGGCGCCGUGCUCGCGUUGUUUCUGAUGGACCGCUGGGGCCGCCGCAAGGCGCUCCGCCUGAGCUACACGGGCAUGGCCGCGUGCCUGCUUCUUAGCGCGGCCGCGAUGACGCUCCCCGUGCUGCGCCCCUGGGCGGGGCCCCUGAGCGUGGCCGCCACGCUGGGCUACGUGCUCGCGUUCUGCCUCGGCGCGGGCCCCGUACCCGCGCUGCUCCUCCCCGAGAUGUUCCCGCAGCGCAUCCGCUCGCGCGCGCUCGCCGCAUGCAUGGCCUGCCACUGGGUGUUCAACUUCGGCAUCGGCCUCUACUUCCUUGAAGUUGUCCGCCUGGUGGGUCUGCCCGCGGUUUACGCUGGCUUUGCCGGAGUCGCGCUUCUCACAGUCGCCUUCUCGCAGCGCUGCAUCAUCGAGACGCAGGGCAAGAGCCUCGAGGAGAUCGAGCGCAUGUUGGGCACCGGGGGCGCGCACUAGGUGCGCGGGAAAGUGGUCCGGGCAGCGUUGAGAGCGCUGGUCUGCUUAUAAAGUGGUGCCCGGGGGCGGGGGUUGGGGCGGGGGGUUGCAGACUUUGGAAGGAAGGGGUGGGGGUGUUGCGUGCCGCUUGCAUAGGACGGUAGUUUGCAACAGUAGUCAGCAUUCUGCACGAAGCGAAGAACUUCGAGUUGAGACCACCGGUUGCUUUAAACGAGUUGGUCACGGUUUGUGCCCGUUCGAUUUUAUAGUAAGUGCACCGCAUGGCACGCUGGCGUGUCGGUGGAGCAGUGUACGUGGACCUGAGUGCUCGCUGUGUAUGAGGCGAGCUUGCACUUAAAACUUGCGGCAGAAAAGUAGAUCCACAAUAGUAAGCGCAGAGGGCUGUCCUGC